AUGGUGCGAGGUAGAGGCGAGAAUAAAGGGGACAAAGAUACAAGGCGCGCGAGGCCGAGGACGUGUUUGCUUCAAGUACUCUUUUUUCUGGGGGUGGUUACUGCCGGGUUGUGUGGUGCGGCGGUGCGGCGUGCCUGCCUUGUGGUUCCAAUUGACCUGGCUGGGCUGGUUGGCUGGCUGGUUGGGGUCGGGUGGCAGGUGCGUUGCGUAAGGUAA